AUGCCGAGGAAGGAGCUGCCACUACCGGACGGUUGGGAGGAGGCCCGAGACUUCGACGGCAAAGUUUACUACAUCGACCACAAGAGCCAGUCCACCAGCUGGAUCGACCCCCGAGACAGCCUCUCUGCCAGCACCCUGUCCUGUUCGUCGGGCAGCAGUCGAGGCUCGCUGACGUCCAGCCGCGGCUCCCUCGCCACCACCUCCAGCAUGGGCUCCUCCUCCUCCCUCAGCUUCACGGACAUCUACCUGGAGCAGCCCGAGCUGGCCGACCCGGACCUGCGGGCCAAGCUGGAGGAUCUGCUGCAGGACGGGGGUCCGGGCGGCUACCGCCCAUCUAGCUCCAUCACCACCAUCCACGAGCACGAAGUGGUGACGGGCUGCGGCGGGGGGAGCACGGGGGGAGACGCAGGAGGUCCCGGUGUCGGACCGGAGUCCUCCAGGAUCCAGGCGCUCAGACUGUCGGAGACCCCUCGCUCUAUGAGCUCGCUGUCCCCCCGGUCGUCCCUGUCCUCGCUGUCCCCGCCGUGCUCGCCGCUCGUCUCCGACACCGGCUUCCUGUCGGGGGAGGCGUUCUCUGGCCAGCAGGGGCCCGGCGGGCCGGGACUGGACCUGGAGCUUCGCAGCAGGCUGGCAGAGCUGGAGCUGGACUCUGAGGAGCAACGACGAGAGGAGCAGCGGGCGCUGGAGGAGAAACAGAACCACAACAAUGAGCUGAACGAGGAGGGCAAAGCUCCUCAACGACGAGGGGUGGGGCCUAAGAAGAUGGGCGUGACCUCGGCUGUGUCUGACGAGUCGGUGGCCGGCGACAGCGGAGUUUAUGAACCUUCAGAGCGAAAGCCGGGUCUCCCUGCAGACCUCCUGUCCUUCGAGGACCGCCUGACGUCUGGCUGCUCUCAGGUCCAGCUCGGCUUCCGCUAUGAAACCCGGGACCAGCGCUUCACGGUUUACGUCCUGCAGCUGUCCAACUGCAGCGCCCUCUGUCUGCCGGCUGACCAGAAAAUGUACGUCCGCCUGGCGGUGCUGCCGUGCCCGCAGGCCUCCCGCUGCCUCUUUAGGACACGCAGCUCGCCGCCUCAGGACGUCGUGGAGAUCAACGAAGUGUUUGGCUUGCAGAUAUCCCAUGGUGCACUGCGGCAUAAAACGCUGAGGGUGGACGUCUGCAACGCCGGCAGGUCCGGCCUCGAGGACUGUGUGGCGGGGGCCCAGAUCAGCCUGGCUGAUGUCGGCUGUUCGGAGGAGAGAAGCUGCAGGUGGUACAACCUGCUGAGUCACCUCUACCUGCCCGAGACCAGGGCCAAGGAGGGAGAGCGCCGAGCUGCAGCCGGCUCUGAGCAGACUCCAGGUUGCAGUGGAGAUGUAGUCAGAGCUGUGGAGGAGGAGGAGUGGCGAGGCGACGCUGUCGAGGCGGACGUGUUUGAUGAUGAAGGAGGAAACGGUAGAGAUGGAGGGGGGUGUCAGGAGGAUGAGAACGAGUUUUAUCCUGACAGCAGCCAAGAAGAGGAGGAGGAGGAGGAGGUGGUGACCAAACCAGCUCCACGAGCAGCGCCCAUCACAGAGAAGGUGAACAAGGAGACCAGCAUGGACGGCUUACCGUCGUCCCAUCGCUGCUCCGCGGUUCGACCCAAAGAGCGGCGCCCCGACCUCUGCCAGCAGAACGUCUUCCUGCGCGGCAACACCAUCAUCCGCUCCAAGACCUUCUCCCCUGGACCUCAAAGCCAGUACAUCUGCAGGAUCAACCGCAGCGACAGUGACAGCUCCACCCUCUCCAAGAGGUCACCGUUUGUCAGGAACGCCUCAGAAAGACGCAGCAUGCGCAUGAAAAAGCCUCCUGGGCCGGUCAAAGGUCUGGACGGUCUGCUUCGCACCUCCCUGGACCUGGAGUUGGACCUGCAGGUGUCCCGCACGCGGCAGGCCCGGCUGGAUCAGGAGCUCCGGGUUCUGCGGGAGCUGAAGUCGCAGCUGGAGCGGGCGAGGCAGCAGGGUCAGAGGGAGCUGCCCGCCUGGGUCCAGGAGGACGAGCGGUUCCGGCUCCUCCUCCGGCAGACUGAGAAACAGACCCACGAGGAGCAGCUGCAGGAGAAACGGGUGGAGAAGAUGAUGAGAGCCGCCGCCAAGGACGUCCACAAGAUCAGAGGACAGAGCCGCAAGGAGGUCCCCGAGGUCCAGACCUUCAGAGAGAAGAUGGCGUUCUUCACCCGAGCCAAGACCAGCAUCCCCGACCUGCCGGCCGACGACGUGUAGCGCAGCAUUUCAAAGUAUUUCAUCUCCUCGGCCCCGACGCUCGGCGGAGUCGGGAAGAUUUCAAACCGACAGACGUUCAAACCGCUGAAGAAUCCCGUUUUUAACGAGCUCGUCUGGUCUCCGUGAAGCCGAGACGGGCCCGCUUCGGCUGUUACCUGCCGUAAAUCACACGAACGGCACAAAAACGCACCAGAAACGGUACUCGAGUCGAACUGAAGCUGAUGAAGCACACAUCUGUAAAAUGUUUAAUUUUCUGUUUUUAGAAACGAGUUUUUAUCGUCGUUUCUCUGUAGACGUCCCUGAAACAAACCUGAGCUCAAGUUUAUCCAGAGUUUUAAUCUUUGAGAUGUUUUCAAAAUGCCUCCAAGUCUGAACCAAAACAACUACGUCUCCCAGAGUGCACUGCAGCAGGAAACCUACAGUCUUUCAGUUCUGAGCUGCAGCUUUUGGUUCUGGCUGGUUUUUACCAGGACCUGGUUCUGGUUCCACUUCAGGCGUGGUUUGGGUCCAGAACCCUAACCGAACCGGUCCACGAGUUGUGAGUUCAGAACCACGUCCGUCUCAGUAUUUUGUUUUUAAUGGGUUUCA